UGGAAUUACAGGCAUGCGCCACCAUGCCUGGCUAAUUUUUAUAUUUUUAGUAGAGACAGGGUUUUACCAUGUUGGUCAGGCUGGUCUCGAACUCUUGACCUCGUGAUCCGCCUGCCUCAGCCUCCCAAAAUGCUGGGAUUACAGGCGUGAGCCACUGCACUGGGCCCUGUGUUCCUUUUUGUCCGUGAAAUCAUUCCUUACUCAUAUCAAGAAACCUAGAUGACAGAGGCUUCUGCUCCCUGGCUAGUCUCCCUCCAUCAGCUUUCAGUCUUGGUUCCUGGAGCCACCAUCCCCUCCGCAGCAGUGUUUCCCUGGGUUCUAGCAGAGAGGGCUGAGCUGGGCUUGGUCCAUUUUUAUCAGUCUCAGGUUAUGCUGGAGUCUGCAGAGGUGGCUUUUCUGUCUAAGUUUGUGGAUCUGUUUUCAGCGUCUGUUACUUUCAGUCAAACGAUCUCAUGCUCUGUUGUCGUUUGCAAGCUUUUCCAAGGGUCGAGUGUUUAUAGGAAAUAGAUGUUCAGGACUGAGACAAACACGGUUACCAUUUUCAAAGCUGUGCUUUGACGACAGGGAUGGGAUGGAUAGCUGUCAGUUCCAUGGAGGAUGCUUUCUGCUUUCUGCAUACAAGGAGCAGGAGCCAAAAUCACUUGCAUGUGCUUGAGAGCUGGGAGUCAGAAAUAGCCAUUGCCUCUUGGAUUUGCUAAGCCAGGCGAUGUGGCAGCACCUCGGGAAGAGCCCUCCCCUUGGAAGUGUGAAUGCUGAGCUUUCCCUUGACGUCUGGUCUCCUGUCUGAUCCCACCUACCAGUUCUUGUCCCCCAUAAACCCAUAUGAGUGUGUUGAGAGGCAGUCUGCCUCUACCCUUGGGUUUCUGGAUCCCAGCACACAGUCUUGUUUUAGUAGUCAUUUUCGUGAACCAUCCUCUAUAGUUCAGCUUGGGAAAGUCAGGAGCAGGCACAUAUGAGGGACCACCUAAACAGAGGGUUCAUCCACCUGUGCUGCAGAAUGCCAGGCUGCUGUGUCUGUACCACUGCUAGGCUCUGAAACAUAGAAAGGAUGGGCUCAGGCCUGCCUGUGAACCCUGUCUGAUGGGUCAGGAGAGGUAUUUCUCCAGGAUCUCAGGGAGUACCGUCUUCAGCUCAGACCAAAACGGAAUCACUGUUUAUUUUGACUGGUCAGUACCAGGGUUCAGAUUGUCCUUGGGCUGGGUUUCAGGAUCAGGGAGAAAAGAUCUGGGCUCUGGGGUCAGCAGCCUGGGUGGAGGAAGAGCAGGCCCUCCAGCUGGCAUCCCUGCAGCAAGUAUGGGAUUGCCCAGCACCGCUGGUUUUGCAGAGGCGCCCACACCCCCACCUGAAGGUCACGACCACAGCAUUAGAGUCUCAGACCUGUUUUAGGGCCAUGGGCCCCUAGGCUGCCACCACUGGAGCUAGGUAGCUGAAUCCCCAACAGAAGCAUUUACAGCCAACUCAUCCCUGUGCCAACUGCCAUUCUCAGGAAUCCAGGAGGGUGACCUUUCCCACUGGCCCAGGCCGCUUUGGCUUCUGUCAACAGAGGCCUCCAUCAAGCAGAAGGGAACUUGCUUGGCUGUCUUCUGAUAGAGCCAGCCAUGUUAGGUGUUGAGUAGCUGGUCAACCAGGAUCCUUCUGGGGCCUGAUGAGAACUCUCUUUGCCAGGGCUCGUCUACAGCCUAUCGGGAUACCAGUAUCUCCCAGCAUAUUUGGAGGAUGACGUGUAGUCCCUGGACUUAUGUCCCUGUACCUAUUUUAUCUUUUUUGCCCGUCUGCAUCUGUACUUGGGAUUUGGGCCUGAUUUCCCCUUGUCCUUGGCCAUUGCUGUCCUCCCCCAGAGUGUGAGUGGCUUGCUCUGGGGAUGGGGCUCUUCCGCUGGGCUCUGACAGGCCCGAGAGAAAUCUGUCUCCAAUUUGUUUGGCAUACUUACCUAAGGAACAUCAAGUGUAAUGGCCGUAUUUCAUUGCCUGUUUUUAUGAUGCAGCACAGUCAUUCCAAAGUGGCAAGUUGGGGCGAGGGGGUCACUUACCUGUGGGCUAUGCCCUUUGGGGCUGGUCAUUCCUUUGUUCUCUCCUGGCUGUCCUGGAAACUGUCUAACAAAGCUCUAGGAGCGUUCCCUCUCUAUUCUUCCUGACAAGCUGUUUCCAGCCCCUGGAGCUGGAGGUAAAGUUUCAUAUCUCCGCCCUUCAUACGCGUUUGUGCAGCCAACAUCAGAUAUUGGGAAAUCUGUCAUUUUGCCGUGUUGCUAGUGCUGCUGUCUCCUUCUCCCUCAGCAGCCACAGCAGCAGCCACUUCUGCUCCGAUGUGAUGUCCGAUCCCUGAUGUAUUUUCCUGAGCUUGGAAGGGGGAGGGUGAGGAGGGGAGGAAGGGGAGGGCCAGACAUUACGAGAGUGAGCAAGGACUGUGGAGCCAGCAGCAGGCAGCGUGGAGCCCAGGAGCCUUUAGACAAAGCAUUCUGCUGCGGCUCUGUCAGCGCGCACAUCCUCCGGCAGCAGGCAGGACCACAGCUGCCCGGCUGGGGGAUUACAAGCAAGAAUGAAUCAGCACCCGGGGACACUUGACUUCAUGGGCAUACGAGAACCUGCCGCUUAGGCUCCUGGAGCAGACUUCCCCAUUCAAGGGCAGAGGAGCUCAAGUAUUCCCCCAGACUUGGCAUCUUGGAGUGCUGCAGCAGCGUGCAUCCAGAAGGCCACCGGGUCCCUGACACCAUCUGUUCUGCAGGAGACAGAGGAGAGGGAGUGGAGGCUGGCACAGUUGGUACCAGGGUCUUGUAAAUAACGGAGCAAGUUGUCAUUGUCCUGCCCCAAGGGGCAGAAAGUACCUGGGAACGGCAGAAUGACUUUCACCGUGUCAAGAGUUCACUGGAGGUUCGCGGACGCUGGAGCAGAGUGUCGGGGAGUGGCUCGAGUCGAUUGGGCUGCAGCAGUAUGAGAGCAAGUUGCUUCUGAAUGGCUUUGACGAUGUCCGCUUCCUGGGGUCUAACGUGAUGGAAGAGCAGGACCUGCGGGACAUUGGCAUCAGCGACCCACAGCACCGGCGGAAGCUGCUCCAGGCCGCACGCUCCCUGCCCAAGGUGAAAGCUUUGGGCUAUGACGGGAACAGCCCCCCUUCGGUGCCCUCCUGGCUGGACUCCCUGGGGCUGCAGGACUACGUCCAUUCCUUCCUGUCAAGUGGUUACAGCUCCAUUGACACCGUGAAGAACCUCUGGGAGCUGGAGCUCGUCAACGUCCUGAAGGUCCAGCUGCUCGGCCAUCGCAAGCGCAUCAUCGCCUCCCUCGCAGACAGGCCGUACGAAGAGCCACCGCAGAAGCCCCCCAGGUUCUCCCAGCUGAGGUGCCAAGAUUUGCUCUCCCAGACGUCAUCCCCGCUGAGCCAGAAUGAUUCUUGCACCGGGCGGUCGGCAGACCUGCUGCUACCUCCAGGGGACACAGGCAGAAGGCGUCAUGACAGUCUCCAUGACCCUGCGGCACCCUCCCGAGCAGAGCGCUUCAGGAUCCAGGAGGAACACCGCGAGGCCAAGCUGACCCUGCGGCCCCCCAGCCUGGCAGCCCCCUACGCCCCAGUGCAGAGUUGGCAACACCAGCCAGAGAAACUCAUCUUCGAGUCCUGCGGUUAUGAAGCCAAUUACCUGGGCUCCAUGCUGAUCAAAGAUCUUCGAGGGACAGAAUCCACACAGGAUGCCUGUGCCAAGAUGCGGAAAUCCACCGAACACAUGAAGAAGAUCCCCACCAUUAUCCUGUCCAUCACAUACAAAGGUGUCAAGUUCAUCGAUGCCUCCAACAAGAACGUCAUCGCAGAGCACGAGAUCCGGAACAUUUCCUGUGCCGCCCAGGACCCAGAGGACCUCUGUACCUUCGCCUACAUCACCAAGGACCUGCAGACCAGCCACCACUAUUGCCAUGUGUUCAGCACAGUGGAUGUGAACCUGACCUACGAGAUCAUCCUGACGCUGGGGCAGGCCUUUGAGGUGGCCUACCAGUUGGCCCUGCAGGCCCAGAAGUCCAGGCCAAUGGGCGCCUCUGCAGCUGAGAUGAUUGAAACAAAAUCUUCCAAACCGGUGCCUAAGCCUCGGGUCGGCAUGAGGAAAUCCGCACUGGAACCACCUGAUAUGGACCAAGAUGCCCAAUCCCAUGCCAGUGUCUCCUGGGUUGUGGACCCCAAACCAGACUCUAAGCGGAGCCUCAGCACCAAGUAUGAGACCACUAUCUUCUAAACAACCCACUCCCUGUCUCCACUAGUCUCACUGUGCCUUUGCCAUCCGAUCUUUCUGCUGUCCUCAACUCUCUCCUUCCAGCUGCUGAAGCCACGGCCCCGCCUGCACUGGGACCUGCUCCUCCUGGGCAGGCAGCAGCGUAGACGCUGUACCCUCGCAGCUCUCGCACCUACCACCACUGAACACUGUGAAUUCUCCCCCUUGGGCUGAGGACAGCUUGGGGGGGUGAGUUGCCUUUGAGGUGGGCACCAAGAGGGCUCCAGGGGCCUGUUGCACCCCAGAAGCCUCCACAGGCAGGCACUGUGAACCCUGACGGGCAGGGUGGUCUCCAGCAGAAUCCCAGUGGCACUGAUAGCUCCCCGGGGUUGGGCUGGGCUCUGUGCGGCGCCCUCCUUCUGCCUGCUGUACUGAGCCACAGCUGGGCACCGCUGCCAAGAGCUGACUGUCCUCACCUCUCCUGAAACAACCAACCACUGUGACCACCCAGUGCCAGAAUCCCCAGCACUCUGCUCACAGCCGGCCUGCAGCCCCGCCCUGCUGUCCUCCACUGCUCUGAGGUGCUGGCCUCACUCUCAUGGCCAUGCCCUUGUGAGACCUUGAGCUCAGUGAUGUGGCUUGACCAGGGACAGACUGCUUUCUGUCAGGGCCCAAGAUAAUGCACCAGGCCCUUGGGCCUGUGCUGACUGUCCCGCUUGGGGCUCUGGGUAUCUGAACACUCACAGGCUGGCUCACACAGCAGGUGCCUCAGUCCUGAUGAGCCUUCCCCUCCAAGGAGCGAGGUGGCACAUGUGUGGGUGGCCCCUCGUAUCUUCGCCACGGAGUCUCAAGGCCUGGAAGCCUUGGGCCUGGCACUGGAGUCUAGCUCACUGAGGAGGAAGGUCUUCCGAAGGACCAGCGAGGAGGCAGCCUGUGCCCUGCGUGCACGGCACACCUUCUUCCCUCACAGAACAGAGCCGCUGGAGGACGGGCCCACACCGAGUGGCCUCCAUGUCCUCCAGGAGUUUUCUGACAUGCUUCACAGUGGGGGAUCGCAGAUAGUCCGCGCCGUCCAGUGCACCCCUGACUGCCUUCCUCAGCCUCCUGACUCCUCCGAGAGGAGAGGCUGUCCCCUCACAGCAGCUCAGCAGCUGGGAUGGUGGAGCUGAGUCUCUGAAGAGGCCCCGCGUUCUCCAGUGUGGGCAAAUCAGUUUGGAUGGCAGGAGACAGGAAGGAAGCGGUGCCGUAGGCAGCCGUGCACACGUAGCAGAGUCCACUAGGAAAGCCGGUCGGCCACGACAGUCAAAACCCAAGUUGAUAAAUGGGGUGGGUCCUGCGCACCCGCCCAUCCUUGUGCCUUCCUGAGCAGACUCGCUGAGCCAGAGGUGGCUGGGGGCUGCGGGCUGUGGGUGUCUGAGCAGGCGUGGAGGGCACCUGGGGAGGCUGUGAGGGAUCUUCUGUCCUGCUUUGUUUCCUUUCCAUUUCCUCCACCGUCCGCAGGCCCCAUUGGUUAACCCUUUCCUCCCCCCAUUGUUUGCUUCUGCCAAGCUGAGCCACUGAGGAACCACACUGUGCUGCGGAAACAUAGACGUGGGGGCACAGGCUCCCACCGCCGCUGCCGCCGCCUCACCUGCAGCUUUGAAGACCCAGGCCUCACCUUCGCCUGCAGGACGUCCUCUUGGCCACUUGGCCUGGGCCUCCCACCACCGCGUCUUGCAGAGUGAGCCCUGCCUUGGCUGCGGAGAAGCACUCCAGGCCGCUAGCAGAUGGGACUGGCAUUCCAGAGGGUCAAGAAAGUGACUUGUUCAGAACACAUUGUUUUUAAUUGAAAAAAAAAUCUUUUUAUAAAAUGAACUUUUAACACUUGGCUCAAACCUCUAGGUCAUACUGCCAAUCUUUAGACAAAUGGCCAUUGGGCAGAGGACAGUCUGCACAGUCUCUGUCCUCAGGAUGGGAUCUGGGUGCAGGAUCUGGGUGGGUCUGAAGAGAAGGUGGUGGCCUGUGGGUGAGGGGAACGGAGCAGGCUCCGGCAGAAUUGAGUAGAGUGAGUCUGCUUUUCAAACCCAACCAUGUCAGCUGCUGCUCUUUAUGAACUGCCCAACUUCCUGUCCCCGUCAGAGGCUGGACACAGGCUUCUCGCAAGAACACAGCCUUAAAGGCACCUGGGCAAAACAAAGGUCUCUGGUCUGUUUCUGGGGUUCCUGAUGGGAAGGUUCAGUGGCCAAAUGAAGAUAAGUGUGCAGUUUCUGGUGCUGGGAAGUCUUAGCCAGUGCCAGAGUGCCAGGCCUCUCACCUGUCAGUGACUGGAGGACUGCCCUGGGCUGGCCGGCCACAGGCUGGCGGGUGCCGUACUGCCUGUAGUGCAUCAAAGAACAGGAAAAGCAGCUUUGUUUGGGGCAUUAAUAUUUGGGGUAGGUCAGCUAAGGUUGCUACUUCCCAAUUUGUGAUUUGUCUAAUCAGCCUGUGUGACUGGGGCACAUUCUGAUUCUCUGAAUUAUUGGUUUGACAGUUACAUGCUCGGCUGCUGGGCUCAUCCCUGACCCCCGGUGUGGAAAUGGCUAUAUAAGGUGACAGUGCAUUUAUGCUCCCCAGCAUGGCCUCUGGGGCAGGCUGGCAUCCUGAUGCGCCACUGCUGCUUAAGCUUUCCCACUGGCUUGCUUUGCUUUUAAAAGUAACUUGGGUUGCAUUCUUCCUUCUGGACUAGAGUAGAAACGCAGGGGAAAGCCCUGUGGGGUUGAGAGGCAAAGCUGACUCGGUUGCAUGCCCAGUUCCUCCCAUGGGCACUUUAGCAGGCUCCGAGCUUUCCUGGCAUGGGUCAUUCUGGUCCCAGGAGGAAUAGUCCAGGCUUCAGCAACACUCCUCUUUCCCAGCAAAGGCUGUGAAUUUAAAUUCUUUGUUGCUGUGUAUGUGCAGGCAUUGCUCUUGGGCACAUUCUCAACCCGUGUGGUUGGCCAGAAGUGGGGCUGUGUCUCUGGCUGGCUUGAAGCCGGGCCUUGUGAGUUUCUGUCUGCUGAGCACUCAACAGAGUGGGGCCUGGGACCCAGCUCCCUCUGCAGCAGAGGCAGACCCUCCUCCACUUCUCGGUACUAAAUGAAGACCUCAACACCUUGCAAUUUUACUUCAUUUCCUGCUCCUUUCAGGGGCUGUGAGGAUUCCCAUGAGCUCAUGCCGUACAGUACUCGGCCCCAACUUUCUUCCAGGGGUUGACCAGGAACCCUAAACCAUCCGGAGUAGACUGUGCUGCUGCUGUGCGUGUGGUGGCUCCCAUCUCUUCCUCCUGAGGGGCCAGGCCACGUCUAAGUGGGCCUCUGUCAGGGGUGGUAGGUCCGAAAGAAACUGCAGACACUACGAUGCACUCCUCAAGCUGUCUUUUGUGCUUAGAUCAUCCAUAGGUGUUUCUUCCGCUUGAAGCUGCUAUAUCUUUAUUUAUUCAGGGUAUUUUCAUAUUGGAAGCCUUGGCUAGUCUGCUCUGGCUCUGGGUUUUGUUUAGAGAUUGGUUUAUUUCUGAACAUUCAAGAAAGGAAAAUGACUGGGUCCUCCCUCCUUCCCUUCUUCCCACCCUCCCUCCCUCCCUUCCUCCCUUCCUUCCCUUUCCUCCCUUCCUUUCCUUCCUUCCCUUUCCUCCCUUCCUUUCCUUCCUUCCUUCCUUCUCCUCUGGGGCCGGUAGUCUCCCUUUCUUAGAAAGGUUAUUGUAACUUUAAGGACAGGCUUCAAGUGGGAAGGUCCCUGCUUUUGCACUUCUCCCAGUGCAGGUCACACGAGGGGCAGACCCUGUCACUGCAUUUCUGAACUGUGAAGGAGCCCAUUCAGGUGGGAGACUUCAGAUGGGCUCUGACAGUACCUGUCCCGGCCACAGGCUCCUUGUCCACCUCUUCUCCCUUGUCCACCAGCUCCUCCUCGCAUAGGACCUUCCCAACAGGCUCUGCGUGUGCAGUGCUCCGCGUCCCUCCUGGGCCCUCCGGCGACAGACACUAGUGGGAGUUCCAGAGGCGCUGGGGUUUGAGCAGGCAGCAGGCAGCGCUGCAGUCAUCGAGACGUUAGAAAACCAGUCUGAACGUGGUCUGUCUUUGAAUGCCCAGGCCGGCAGAAAGCAGCUCACAAGUGUUGUUGCUCAUGGCGCGGCAAUGGACUGAGUUGUAAUAAAAAUGUUUGUUAUUUAAUCUUUGCCUCUGUAUUUUGAUACUUGAAUGACUUCCCCUUUUGUUUUACUGUACAUAUAAUUGUUAAUCUGUCUGAUUUUGUCUGAAUUAUAAACAUUUUGAGGUACCAAACAUAACCAAUCUGUGCAACAACAUAGACUGACCUCACUACCCACAAGAGAGUGUAAAUAUUCCCGGGCUUCCAGCUUUGGUUUUGUUAUUUUCAUAACUGUACAACUUAGAACAGACUGAAUUAAUAAAUGAGAAGCGACAUGAACCCAGCCUUA